CGCGUGACGACAAUACACCCGAUUCGAACUCCGCUUUGCGAGCCACACGGACUAGGCGGCACCGGGCCCGACGUAACCUCCAGCCUCAAGAAAACAUACCAUUCCACGAUGCGGGACGUCCUCAAGACCGAAGAGCUCGAAAUUCCUGAAGGUGUCACUGUCGACAUCAAGUCCCGCAUCAUCACCGUCACUGGUCCCCGUGGAGAGCUGAAGAAGAAUGUCCGCCACAUAAACAUGGACAUCAAUCUCCAGAAGUCCGCCAAGUCCAACAAGGUCUUGCUGUCCGUCUGGCAGGGAGGACGCAAGCACGUUGCAUGCUUACGGACGAUCCGUAGUUUGAUUGAGAACAUGGUCAUCGGUGUCACGAAGGGCUUCCGGUACAAGAUGCGUGCUGUAUAUGCUCACUUCCCCAUCAACUGCAUUAUCCAGGAGAACGGACGGGCAUUGGAGAUCCGUAACUUCUUGGGGGAGAAGUUAGUACGGAGUGUGGCCAUGUUGGACGGUGUCACGAUCUCUGAGUCAAAGACUCAGAAAGACGAGCUGAUUCUUGAGGGCAACGACGUACAGAAUGUCUCACAAUCUGCUGCUUCGAUACAGGGCGUCUGCCGUGUGCGGAACAAGGAUAUCCGUAAAUUCUUGGACGGUAUCUACGUGUCGGAGAAGGGCACGGUUAUCACGGAGUAAACCCACUUACGGGGUUUCGUUCUUUGCUUUGGGGUGACGUCCUUCGUCGAGGCAAAACUGGCAUGUCGUGUAUCUCUACCUCAUUACCUAUGCUAUUAUGCCGGCAUAUGCUAUGUUUCACCGCCUAUGGGCGGAUCGCAUUC